CACAAAGAAGAGGCCAGGCAGAAGCCAGCCCGCAAUAACAAACAAACAAACCUGUGAACGCAACUUCAGACAACUGAGCAAUUUUGUCGCCUUUACAGAUAAACCAACAAAUCAUCCAACUGUAUUUCCCCCUCACCUGUUACGUGCUGACAUGUGAGGAGGGGAGAAAAAAAGAGGAAACCUGGGACCCAUUUUCAAGGCGCCGCUUCAUUAACAAGUUAUCGUGUGCAACCGUACCCAUCCGAGGAUGCUUCAGCAAGGUGGGUGGUGGAUGGGGGUGCAUAUAACACUCCUUUCCAUCACUUUCUGCUGCAUAGCGCCCUUGCCCACACAUGCAUAUAUCUAUGCUCAUUAUAGAAAUAUGACCAUGCUGUUUGAGGAUCUACCUGCUUUGUUUGGAUCGCCACUUCCAAAGGAAGGAAUCAUGGGAGUCUUAGUGGAGUCCCGGCCUCUUAACGGCUGUGCCACAAUUGAGCCUCCCCCUCCGUUGCCGCCGUUUUAUGAUGCCAACAUCACUAAAUUCAUAGCUCUCAUCAGACGCUAUGAUUGUAAUUUUGAUCGGAAGGUCCUGCAUGCGCAGCAAGCUGGCUACAGUGCUGCUAUUGUUCACAACAUGUACUCUGAUUUUCUGCUCAAUAUGAACUACAGCAAUGGUACUAUCGCAGAGGAGAUUGACAUCCCCUCAGUGUUUACCAGCUACUAUGCCUCACAAGUUCUCAAGAAUUUCAUCAUUCCAGAGCAAGGAGCCUAUGUGAUUCUCAAGCCAGAGUUUGCUUUCCCACUCUCAUACUACCUUAUUCCCUUCACCGGAGUGAUUGUCAUGAUCAUCCUGGUGAUGUUAAUUAUCUUGGUUAUACGCUGUACACAGCAUCGAAAAAGGCUGAGGAAAAACCGCUUGUCCAAGGAACAACUGAAGCGGAUUCCUACUCACAAAUUCACUAAAGGGGAUGACUAUGAUGUGUGUGCCAUCUGCUUAGACGAGUAUGAAGAAGGAGACAAACUACGGGUUUUACCCUGUUCACAUGCCUAUCACAGUAAGUGCGUGGACCCGUGGUUGACCCAGACCAAGAAGACGUGCCCUGUGUGCAAACAGCGUGUCACCCGCAACAACCCCGAGCACUCCGAGUCCGAAUCUGAGGAGGACACCGGAGGUCAGGGCGUAGAAGAAGGAACGGAGGGUGAAGCCGACUCGGAGCGCACCCCUCUGCUUCGCGCAUCCAACCAGGGCUCCCCUUCUGGGAGUCCGGGGGUGUAUUCCGCCACCACGAUGACCACCGCUCAGUGCAUCGCCUCGCCGGUUGACGACGACUCCCCCGUCCUGGGUUACGAAGGUUAUUAUUCUCCCCAGGAGGACACAGACUCAGAAACCAAUGACACAGAAGAUGAGCGGCACCAUGUUGACGAUGACACCGCUCAGUUGAUUGGUAGGGGCACAGUGCACAUCUAAUGGCUGGAACGUCGAUCUGACUUCAUACAAAAAGGGCCUUUCUGUCACAACCUUUGCGCUUUUUGUUGUUUAGCUCACAACUAAAAAGUUAUGGCAGUACUUUUAUUUUUCCUGUUUUCUAUCAUGUGAUCUAACAGGGCAAUAAUCACAGAUUGCUGAGCACUGACACCCGCUCUUGUCUGAAUCUCAAUUUCUUUUUGCGUUAGUCCGUGUCGUAUUUUCUUGCUCACACCAAAUAUAUGCACUAGAUAUAGUUAGGCUGUUCUGCAACGUUUAUAUCGUUCAUGAUCAAAACCACAAGUUUAAAUAUAAUCAUUCUGUGCAGUGUGCCUAUGUUCCAACUAUUUUUUUUUUUUUUACCAUUAUCAAAUACAGUACAUUGUUUUAUGUCAACUUUUGUUGCACACUCGCACAGAAGAGAAAAAGCCAAACUGCUCACUUGCAAAGAAAACCAUGACCGCCCUUGUGAGUCAUGAGGGACAAUACUGUAAUGGUAACACGUAUGACAACAUUUUUCCUUGGGUGAGGCCAUUUGUAAACGUAUGCAGUUUCUUCGUCCCACCUCUUACUAUUUUUGUAAUUCCAGUGUGCUUGAACGGUCUAAAUGAAGAACUAUUUUAAGUCAGUGGAAUUAGCAUAGAACAGACACAUUGCCUUAAUUUGGCCUACAUGUACAUGUGUUUUAUGUUUAGAAACUAAAAGCUCACACUCGUAGGUUUUGUAUUUUCUUUGUACAGCAAAGCAAUUUUCUUUUAAAUGAAGCAGAGGUCCUUCGCUUCUGUAAGUGUGAGUAAUGGAUAGUGUUAGUCAAACUUAAUUUACACACACAAGCUAUUUAGUGUCAUAUUCCCCUACAUCUGGGAGGACUGUAGGCUGUCAAAUUUCAAACUUAAAAUUAAAAGCAAUUUUUAAGAACACUUUAAAACUGGUUCGGUUCUCUGUGUAAAUACACAUUUUCUGCUUUCGGAGAUCAUAGUAACAGCUGGAAUAUAUUUAAAAGGGGCAGGUCUAUUUAAUUUGUUUUCGAUGGUUGAUUUUGUGGAUUUGUACAUUAUUAGUUUGUCCCCCUAUCCUAAAACACAAAAUUCAGAUUUUUAAAUGACUGACAUGUUUAAAUACUGGUUUGAUCAUUCUUGUUUGCUCCCAAGGCUGUAAUCUGUUAUAUAUGCACUUUCCUUUUAAUACAUAAAUUUAACAGAUGUAUUCAUAUCCCACACUUACUGUCUUUUGCAAUGUGUACUUGUCAGACUUCAAUACAUUUAAAAUGUAAAGUACAAUGAUUGAUGAAAAUAUUAUGAUGCUGAGGAUGUUAGUCAAUGGGACACACCAAUUUACUGACUGAUUAAUGGAAGAUUAAAUUAAAAGUCUAUACAAUUU